AUGGAAGACGAUUUCAACAUAGAUGAAAACUACAUAAAAGGACUAUCGGAAAAGUACCAAAAUAUUGAUCAUCCAUUAUUUAUGGAUGAAUUACCAAAAAAUAUUGAAGAAAAUGAAGAUCUACUUGCUUUAUACAAUUUAAUGAUCGAUGAUGAGAACGAAUUAAGCUUGGCAAAAAAUUUUAAGCAAGUUGGAAACGAUUAUUAUAAGGACGGCUCCAAAUAUUACGAAGAUGCUAUCAUAAGUUACACAAAGGGAAUAGAUAUACUAAUAAAUUACAUGUCGAAUAAUAAUUCCGAUAAACAUAAAAACGAAAAUAUUAAAGCAAAGAGUUGUAAUAAAGGCGAUCGUGAUGAUAAUCAAAAGGAACAUUCAUAUGAGGAAGCGAAGCGUAAAGUUCAAAGUCUCUCCUCUAACGGGAUUGGAAAUGAUAAAUGUAUAUCAAGUGAACACGUGUCCACAGUGCAGCAAGAAGAAUGUGAAAUUAAAAAAAAUUCAUGUAUUAACGGAAAUAACUUAUUCCUAAACGCACAAAAUGAAUUACAAGAAUUAGACGAAAACGAAAUAAAAAAUUUACUGUCGGAUCUUUACUGUAAUCGAGCAAUUGUGCAUUAUAAAAAGAAAAGGUACGUAAAAUGCUUGUGUGAUUGCCGAAAGGCUUAUUCUUAUAAUAAGACAAAAUUCAAGAGUAUAUACUACAGUAUUUUAUGUUCAUACCAUUUGGAAAUAUACAACGAUGCGUAUAUGUAUGUUAAAGUGUUUGAGGAUUUAACAAAAGAGAUAGAGGUAAAAAAUUUUAUGAAUUUGAACGAUUAUAAAAAAAUUAAAAAUAUAAUUUUUGAAAAAUAUGAUAAUAUUUUAAAAAAAAAAGAGAUAUAUCAAAAUGAAAAAAAAAAAGUUGAAGAAAAUGAAAAAAAUAUAAUUAAUCUUAUUGAAGAUAUAUUAAAAAAAAGACACAUAAAAAUGGUCCAAAAUGUUUACAAUGAGAAUAAUAACAUUUCCCCUGUAUUUUACAUAGAUAGCUGUAUGUACAUACAUUUUACCGUUUUUUUGUUAUAUUUCGAGUGGGGAAUUAUGGAAACCAUAAUCGACUUUGCAGAAAAUAAUUCUAUCAUGGACCAUUACGAUAUAAUAAAAAAAAAUAAAAAGAACCAAAUUCUUUUUUGUUAUAUAGAAUUCCCUGAUGAUGUUUUUUUCAUGAUUCAUAAUUGUUCUUACAUAUGUGACGUAUUGAACAAAAUCAAAUUAUUUUCUCGCAUCCUUCCUAUACACAUUAUUGAAAAUGAGGAAGCCAACCGACAGUUCAAAAAUGAUAAAAACAUUUCGUUAGUUUCUGUUUAA